CAUGAACAACAAUCGGCUUAAAAGUUAUCACUUAUCUAAUACUGACAACCUUUUUUCCAGAGAGCGUUUUAAAGCAGUUAUGUGCCACGUCAUUAUUUAGGUCCAAUGUCACCCACUACUUGUUAAAAUCUACGAGCACGAUUUCUUUCACGUCAUUCUUACUUUGCAAUCUUCCAGAUCAAGUUAAAUAUUUGAAUUGUACACUUUAUGUACAUCUGAGGAAUUAUGACAGGUUGCCACUCAAAGAGAUUAUUUGUACUUUUCCUCUUCCUUGGGAAUCAAGUGUGUCGAAUUGUUGGGCAAGGACUCAUCAUCGUGACCCCUGUGCCGGCAAUUGUGACUCCAGGCCAAUGCCAAUGCACGCCGGCGACAAAUUGUGCCGAUGGGGGUUCGGCCGUGGACCCACGAGUACUCAACAACCCCGCUUUUCCCGUGUGCACUCCCCCCAACCGAUUCUGCUGUAAUCUGAUCAGCACGACGCCCCCAAUAGUGGUCACCCCUCCAACUUGUGGAACGCAGCCCUUGAUCCCUUUCCCGGCAUAUACCGUGGGCGCUGGACAGGCAUCUUAUUCUGAAUAUCCUUGGAUGGUGGUAGUUCUUGGCACCGACAACAGCUACAUCGGGGGAGGAGUUUUGAUCGAUGGGAAUACCGUGCUCACAGUUGCUCAUAAGGUCACUCCUUUGACGGUUGGACUAAAAGUACGUCUCGGCGAAUACAUCCUGAACGCUGUGAAUGAGCCAAACCCCGCCGUAGAGAUUGCCGUUACUACUAUCCGAAUUCAUGAACAAUACCAGGUUGCUAAUCUGCAAAAUGACAUUGCUGUUUUGAAAUUAGCGAGUUCCGUUGAUUUCAACGCAAAUCCUCACAUUCGCCCAAUUUGUCUUCCUGCUUUAGGAGCCUCAUUUGCAGGACAAAGGUGUUGGGUGUCUGGAUUUGGAGCUAGUUCCUUUGUGAAUGGGGUGUACUCAACGGUCAUGCGGGAGGUUGACCUUCCAGUUUUGGAUGGACCAACAUGUCAGACCAGAAUGCAGACGACGCGUCUUGGGGCUGGGUUCAUUCUUAAUCAACAAGCAUUUCUAUGCGCUGGAGGAGAGCCUGGGAAGGAUUCAUGCACGGGAGAUGGAGGUUCUCCUCUAGUCUGUCAAGUAGGAACGCAGUGGUUCUUGGCUGGUCUUGUCAGUUGGGGCAUUGGGUGUGGAGUCAACACAAUACCCGGUGUUUAUACAAAUAUACCAAAUUACAUUGGAUGGAUUACCACCAACAGGGUUUGAUAUGUAUGUUCAUACAUUUAUCACAAGACGACUCAACGCGAUGCCUCAAGAAAAUGAGGAUCAGUAUGAAUUAUAUCUGCAAUGCAUAUUUACAUGUUACAUGGUUAAAUAAAUUAAGCCCAAACUAAUUAAGCUGAAUAUUUAUGUGUUGCUUUUAUUCACUAAUAUUUAGGCUACCGAAAAAACUAAUGUUGUGUCGCACGAGUGUAAAGUUAUACAAUGUUGAAUUCAGUGCACUUUGGUCGACUGAUCACAAUCCUUGAUUUGCAAAAGGCGAACAAUAAUCGUUGUAACUUUAGAACGGUAUAAUAAAGGAAUGAAUGUAACAUUUAA